UGCAGACAGCAGAUAGAGGAAGAGCCACUGUGGGUGCAGCAGCUCAUGUUAGCCUGAACGUUACUGUUAGCAGGCAUCGCUGACAAGUCUCUCCUCUUAUCUUACUGUAAAACAAAAUUCUGUCCAAUAAAGCAGCUUCAGGAGUUAUAAUCGAGGCUCUCCGACGACUGCUUCGCCAAGAUGAGCUUCCUGUUUAGCAAUCGCGCAUCCAAGACGUUCAGGCCGAAGAAGAACAUCCCAGAGGGCUCCCACCAGUAUGAGCUGCUGAAACACGCCGAGGCAACUCUGGGCAGUGGGAAUUUGAGGCAGGCUGUCAUGUUGCCUGAGGGAGAGGAUCUCAAUGAGUGGAUUGCUGUCAACACGGUGGAUUUCUUCAACCAAAUUAACAUGCUGUACGGCACCAUCACCGAGUUCUGUACUGAGACCAGCUGCUCUGUGAUGUCUGCAGGACCAAGAUACGAGUAUCACUGGGCUGAUGGCACCAAUAUUAAGAAGCCCAUCAAAUGCUCUGCGCCCAAGUACAUCGACUACCUGAUGACCUGGGUGCAGGAUCAGCUGGAUGAUGAGACACUUUUUCCCUCCAAGAUCGGAGUUCCCUUUCCCAAGAACUUCAUGUCUGUGGCCAAAACCAUCCUGAAGCGCCUUUUCAGGGUUUAUGCUCACAUUUACCACCAACAUUUUGACUCUGUGAUGCAGCUGCAGGAGGAGGCCCACCUCAACACCUCCUUCAAGCACUUCAUUUUCUUUGUUCAGGAGUUCAACCUCAUUGACAGGCGAGAGCUCGCUCCCCUGCAGGACUUGAUCGAGAAGCUUGGAUCCAAGGACAGAUAGACAUUUCCUCACACGUCACCUCUUUUUAAAACGGACUCUCUUUCUCCUUUGUCCCUCUCUGUGACCUCUGCUACCUCUACGACUUCUAGUCUCAACUCUUAAAAGUAUGUGCCUUCCUCUUUCCAUUUCAUAAAUGUUUGUACUGUACCUUUCCUUUUAUUCCCUCUCUUAUCUUUUAUGCUGUCUUUGAGCCCUUUUCUUCCAUUUUGCCACUCUAGAUCAUAUAAAAUAGUGUAGUGUAGAAAGAAUAUUUUUUCACAGGACUGUGGUUAACGACUCUCACGGAGCGACAGAUUGAAUUUUAUAUCGGACCAAGGACAUUUGGAAGUUAAGUGAAAACCAGCUUGUUUCCUUCAGAAGCUGGUGUACAGUUUUUUGAUUGUCUCAACACGUUUUAAGUAUUGAUAGGUCUUUUUUAGUAACUUUUAGCUAUUGUUAUUACAGUGACUGACCAAAUAUCCCAGGUUUAGCUUUUAAAAUGUCAUUAGUGUGAAGCGGAGAGUAGAGAUGGCGAGAGAAGUAGUGACACAUGACAGUACAGAUGUGUUGAAGGUAUUUUCAGUUUAACAUGAAGACUGGCACAGGCAUACGGUGCAGUAGCUCUCUCUCACAUGUUGUUUGUGUAUUUGAUAUCCCAUGUAUGCCAACAUGCCUUUUGUUGACAUGUUCUGUAAUGCUUACAUGUGAAGAGAUGCAGUGAUAAGACGAUUUUGAGAUACCUUUGAAAAACACCACCAUGGACUGCAUUAUAGCGAUUUCCAUUUGGUCAUAAAAUAUUGUGCCUUGCACAUUUUUCAGCUAUUUCUGAAUUAAAAUAAUAUAAUGAAAAAUACGAUGCUUACAGGGACGCUUUUACAUUGCUUGAUAGUUAUUAACAGCCACUUGAAGCUUUUGUAAUCACGACCGAUAAAGGAGUUGUACAUCAUCCUGUCAACAGCAAAAAUAGUCUAAUGUGAAUUUUUUGUUUUGUUGUACUGUCAUUUUAGUUCAUUUUUACGGAACUUUUCAUAUUUGAUCUUUCAAUGCUGGUACUUUUUAAAGUUAACCCCGAUUGUAGAAUAGAGCAAUAACUGUUGCACCUGUGCACGAUAAAGAUGAAUGACCUGAGGUUUAUGUCGUUUUUCCAUAGAUAUCUUUAUUAGUCUUGGUGCAUGUAUUAGGGUCAUUUGCUGUGCUAAACUCUGGCAGCAGCAGCAGGGCUGUUUGUACUGCCAUUUACUAAUGCAGCUAGUAUUUCUCAUGAAUGUUUUAUUUGGUGAUCUUUGAGCAAGGGAAUUGGUCCAUAACCACCUUCAUGUUGGAGCUAAAUUCAUAUCAGACAAUCACGUAAGCAAUGACGAGCUGUUAGAUGACUGAACGCAUCACCGGGAACCAGCCACUGUAAUUGGGUGCAGUCGAGUGUUCAUUUUAUAAUGUACUGCUUUUUAAGAAGUUGAAUGCAUUUUAACAUUGUGAGAAACAUGUUUUUACAUUUAAAAUGCGAUGUAUCCACUUUUACGCCCUCUAGCUGCUUGGGGAAAAAAAACAAGCCAGCACCCAUUAAGUUAAUCACCUAUAGGCUUAUUGAUAUAUUUUACAAGACCGAGUUAUUUCAAAGAUUUUAUUUGAAUAUAUAAUUAGUCCUUUCUUUUCAUUAAGUCACAUAUUUUUAAAAAUGUAUUGCGUUUCUCUCACAGUUGUGUUAUAAACCCUCGGCAUGAAGUUACAUUUCAUAUUACAUUGUAAAAUAAAUUGUUGACUUUACAUUUUCAAAUGAGGAACAAGGGCUUUGAAAUGAAUUAAAAGUUUUCUAUAUUUACAAUAAUGGUCCAAUAAUUGAAGGGUCAUUUUGUCAAGGUGGAGGUGCCAGGAUGUACGUCCUGCGUCCAAACAUUUGCUGUAAAUAAGAUCAGUGUUUUAUCUGAACAAAACUGUGCCUUACAGAAAGGAAAAUGUCUGACAUGACAGUAUUGGUGGAUCAAAAACUCAAUAAACCCUGAAAGGACAA